GACUGUAUCCGUGGACAGUUAAAGGGGGUGUGCGCCCCGGUUACUUGGAUACAAGUGUGAUUAUUACAUUUGACAAUAAACAUUAAUUUAUACUAUAUGAAUUGGAAAUAAUACGGUAUCGAUAUGGGAGGAUUACUCAGUUAUUUUCGCAAUUUGCUCGGGAGUCGGGAAAUGCGAAUUUUAAUUCUAGGCCUGGACGGCGCCGGGAAAACUACAAUCUUGUACAGAUUGCAGGUGGGAGAGGUGGUUACGACCAUACCUACUAUAGGUUUUAAUGUAGAGCAAGUUACAUAUAAAAAUCUGAAGUUUCAAGUGUGGGAUCUUGGUGGUCAAACUAGUAUACGACCGUACUGGAGGUGUUACUACUCAAACACAGAUGCAAUAAUUUAUGUUGUGGAUUCAGCAGACAAAGAUAGGAUAGGCAUAUCAAAAGAUGAACUAAUUUACAUGUUAAGAGAAGAAGAACUACAAGGUGCCAUCUUGGUAGUCUUAGCAAACAAACAAGACAUGGCAGGUUGUUUAAGUGUUGCAGAGGUGCACCAGGCACUUGGCUUGGAUGCACUCAAAAACAGAACGUUCCAAAUUUUUAAAACAUCCGCGACGAAAGGUGAAGGGCUUGAUCAAGCAAUGGACUGGUUGUCGAAUGCGCUGCAAAGUAGAAAUUGAUUAAGAUUACUGAACGAUUUUUUUUAUCCAAGCCUUACAGAGAAGACUAGUCACACGACUGUCAUUUCGAAUGACCCACGUGGAGCUGGGCGCCUCAUUGUGUUUAUUUAUUAUAUUUUAAAUAGCCUUACAAUUUCCAUUACGAAUCUAUUCUAAGAUUUAUCAUACUUUUCAUAAUGUGAAACACAGAAUAAAAGC